AUGGACCCCGUCCAGCUCAAGUGUCGUAAGGUCGUCAAGGACAAUUUCGCUGUCGUCAGCAGGCACCCCGAGUUUCUCAACGUCUGUCCGGCCUCGGUCGCCCGCGUAUUGCGUAUCCAUGACUUGAUCGUCCAGUCCGAGGACGACGUUUUUCAGGCCCUGGAGAGGUGGCUCGCAUUUGAUGUCGACGCCCGCGCCGAGCAUGCCCUGCAUUUGCUCCGCCUGGUCCGACUGCCCACCAUCUCCGACCGUGUCCUGCUGCGCGUCUGCCGCAGCCCGUAUUUUGGAGGCCACAACGAGUUUUAUCAGCUUCUCCUGGAGGCCUUGAUCCGGAGGACGGAGGUUCGCAUCGUCCACGCCCCACGCAUCAAAGAGAUCGCCGCAAACGUUGCCGCCGCGCCGUCUUCGUCUGCUCCCGUGAAAAAGCUCAAGUUCACCCCAAUUGGCGUCACCGACACAGAGCUGUUGCCCACAGCCAAAGUUAAACUCACGGAAUGGCCGCCGCCGGUCCGGAGGGCGGAGGAGAAGGGAGUGGAGGAGGGCGCUACUAUGGUGCCGCGCGUGGGGAAGCCGGACGAGGAUGAGGAGGAGGAGGGGGAGGAAGAGGAGGAGGAACAAAUCCGAAAGAGAAAGGAAAUAGAACGCCAGCAGCAACAGAAUAUCGAGUUUAACAAGCGACAAAACCGCACCGUUUUGUUCGAGGGCUUGUUUCCGUUGCGGUGGUACAAGUCGGUGAGGUUUCGACCGCGCAGCGCUUACUCUCUCCUCUUCACCGUCGUCAUCCCCAAGUGGAGUUCGUGUCGGAGGCGCUUCAUCUCGGAGAGUAGGUCGUUUUUGAACCACAAGUGGUCGCUCUGGGUCGAUCCUUUUUCGGCGGAUCCCUCCAGAGCAUCCAGAGACCACGCCAUGUCCGCGUCGCAGCACGGCUCGCCUUCGCGCGUGCGCCACCAAACGCAACUCGACAGGGACCACGACCCUUUGUACGUCGGCAACACGCUCGAGUCGAGUCCGUCAGGGCCGUCCACUUCGCGCGCCCCGCCGCGCCCGACAUUCGACGAAAACGAUUAUAUAUCUAUCUAUCUUUGCUGCGAGUCGGAGCUUGGCGGCUCGCACACAGUCGACGCUCGCGUCGACUUCGGCCUGUUUGUUGUCUCGACGUCAGAGGAGUACGGGAUGGAGCGCAAAGUCUGCGUAGGUCGCACCUUCAAGAGUCACGGGCAAGCGAUGGGCUUCCGCCGCCACAUCCGCCGGUCGCGGUUGCACUCGGCCGAAGCCGCGCUUUACAACCGGGACAAGGACGAACUGGUAGUGGGCGCGCACUUGGUGGCGCCGGAUGUCGAACGACCAGACCUUGGCACUGGGUCAUUUUCACAACUCAGCAGGGCUUCCAUCACGGCCGACGAUUUUCGAAGCGAGGGCCCGCUCUCGCCGUCCUCGGAUCAUCUCGAGGGCAGCCGCAUGACUACCAUGGAGACGGAGCAAUCCCCAAUACUUACAUCGGCAUCGAGGGUAUCGUAG